AUGGCGGCGUCUACGUCUCGACCCCUCGAGUACUUGGAAGGCCUGCCGGGGAUGACCUUUAACAAGCUGUAUCAACAGCCAUCCACCGCGCUUGCAAUUUUCCGGCGAAUGCUGCCUGACUUGGCAAAAUGCUUUGUUAUGGCGCUUUUGUAUUUGAAGGAUCCUUUACCGACUCAUGAUCUUGAGCUUUGGGUGAAGGCAGAAAGCAAGAAACAGCGAGACAAUGCUCUGUCUAUUCUAGGUCGCCUCCAUAUCCUUUCCAAGACCCUCACAUCCGAAAAUGUGAGCGCGUACAUGGUCACAAAUCCCUUCGCGGACUCCCUCCGAAAAGCCCUCACGGGCUCCGAAGAUUCCCAAUCCUUUGGAGUCUUUUCCCAACAUCGAAAUGAGCAUCGAAAAUCGAUCUCCGAUCUGGAUGAAUACGCACGACGGCAAUGGGAAGGGGUGUUGGGAUACAUGGUUGGCACGGAAUAUCUCAAGGACAGCGGGCACCCAGAGGUGAGCCUCAGCAAGGGUGUCAAGCAAUUGCUGCAAGCUGGUCACCUUGUCGAGAUUUAUGAACGGCGGACAGAAAUUACCAAGGACGGCUUUGCUUUCGUGUUGCAGGACGUCAAUACGCAAGUCUGGCACAUUCUGAUUCUCUACGUCGAGAGUGCCGAGGCCAUUGGGAUGGACAGUGUCGAAGUUCUCUCGUUUUUGUUCCUGCUGAGUAGUCUGGAGCUGGGACAAUCAUACGAGAAGAAAUACCUGUCCCCCGUACAACUUCGAACCCUUGCCGAUCUCGCCGACUUUGGCAUUAUCUACCAAAGAUCGCCCGACGCGCCACGAUUCUACCCCACACGACUGGCGACGACCUUGACCUCUGAUUCCAGUGCACUGAGCAGUACGGUAGGCAGCUCAUUGAACGGACCUGCCGGUCCGCAGGGUGCUUCUGGGACCGGUUCCGGAUUCAUUGUCAUUGAAACCAACUACCGUCUCUACGCCUACACCUCGUCGCCCUUGCAAAUCUCGCUCAUCUCCCUUUUCACCACCCUCAAGUACCGCUUUCCCAAUCUCAUCACAGGCAAGAUCACCCGUCAAUCUGUGCGUCGCGCCAUCGACAUGGGCAUCACUGCGGAUCAGAUCAUCUCAUACCUCCAUACACAUGCGCACCCGCAACUGCGCAAGCAUAAUGCUGGCCAUUCGACCUCCAAUACCGCGGGCAUUCCGCCCUCCAUCCUACCGCCAACGGUCACGGAUCAGAUCCGGUUGUGGCAGCUAGAACGCGAUCGUCUCCGAGCCACCUCUGGGUUUCUAUUCAAGGAGUUCACCACCUUGCAAGAGUACCAGGCUCCGUGUCAAUAUGCGGCGGAGAUUGGCGUCCUGGUGUGGAAAUCUGACCGAAAACGCAUGUUCUUUGUGACUCGGCAUGAACAGGUGGCCGCGUUUCUCCGUAGCAAAAAGUAA